AUGAACUGUCAUCUACAAACUGAAUUCAACAUCCUCCAUAGUUUGAGUGGAAGCUUAAUGGAUUUCUUUGAAGGACUUACAUAUGAGCAUGUCAAUUUCAUUUUUUCUGAUGUUACAUAUCCUCAGGAUAGCACAAACUACACAAUGAAUACCAGUUCAUACAAGUUUGCAUAUUCAGAACCUGAGAAUUUCUCAUACUAUGAUUAUUUUAAUGCUUAUGCAAUCAAUGAUCCACUAUAUGGGAACAAUGGAUUCACUAGACAACUAGAAAAUACCUCCACCAUGAAUAAUGAAAGAAGUACACCUGUACAUAUGCAACAAAAUGGACAUUCAAUUUCAACCUCCAAUCCUUCAGAUAAUCCACAGAGUAAUCAUAAUCAUAAUCAUAAUCCUAAUCACAAUCAUGGUGAUCAACAUCAGGUUGUGUGGGAAGAUAAUGUUGAUCUUGACAAUAUGACUUAUGAGGAAUUGCUAGAGUUAGGUGAGGUUGUUGGAAGUCAAAGUCGUGGUCUAUCUCAAGAAGCUAUUUCUCUUCUCCAUGUUUCAAAGUUCAAGUGUGGCUUCUUCUGGAGAAAAAAAUCAAAAAGCGAAAGGUGUGUGAUUUGUCAGAUGGAAUAUAAACGAGGUGAACGCCAGAUCACUCUUCCUUGCAAACAUAUCUAUCACUCGGGAUGUGGAACUCAAUGGCUUAGCAUCAACAAGGCUUGCCCUAUUUGUUACAAGGAGGUGGUGGUUCAUAUUCCAAAACAUUCUGAAAAAUUAAGUAAGUGAACAUAGAAAAAGGAAAGUGGUUUCUUAAUACCCCUAAUUUUAUUAGAGUAAUAUUUUUAUUUUUCUAAUUGGAUGAAUAUCUUAUGUGUUAAAUAAGAUUACAGAGUGAUUAGAGUUUGAAUUACCUUCCAUUUACCAUUUACUUUUUUUUUUUCUUUCUUUUUAAUGUGUCUUCUUGUACUUUCAUGAGUU